CCUACAUGUGAUAGCGAUUUGUGUUUUGAUGUAGAAUAUCUUCGAAAUGUGAAGUGUUGAUGCCGAAACCGUUCAAAUCUUUAACCUUUAAGGAUUUCAAUAAAAUCGCGACAAAUUUCUCCUUCCGCCAAACUAAUCAGUGAGUGAAUUAACGAUGUGAACUACUUCCCAUGAGGAAUACUGCGGAUUUCUACAGCCGUGAGUUUUAUAUACGUUAUGGCUGAAAAUUUGCUACAGGGUUUGCAAUCGGCCGCAAAUUCCACAUCGCAAGCUGAGGUAAGUAUUUUAACUCUCCAUGCUAAAUCUUUGGUGGCAAUUUUCCAAAAAGCCGUCAAAAUUACAUUUUUUUAACACAAAGAUAUCAUUCGGUGCAAUAAAUGUCCACAUACUUUACGAGCUUCGUUUAUUCUAGAGAAAUUAUUUCAAUCUAGUUUUUUCAAAACCUUGCUCCCUAUUUUUCUUUAGGCCCUGCAAUAUUUUGAACAGCUGAAAAAUUCUGAAGAUGGAUGGAAACUUUGCGGUGAUGCUUUGGUUCGAAAUCUUUACAGGUAUGCGGUCUUUAAAUUACAAUUUGUAAUGAACUUGCCAGUCGUUUCUAAUCUCCAUGUUAAACAGUUCACUUGUUGAAAUAUCAACACUUUCGGUUCAUUUACCCAAAACAGAGAAAGAAAUUUUUGGCGGCUAAAAUUAAUCGCAUUGUAAUACCUCAUUUCAGAAAAUAAUAUUGUGAAAAAAAAUGAGUCUUUCGUUGAAGCUGGAGUUCGUACUUGUACAUUGGUGGUAGGGGAAGGGGCGGGGAAGGUCAGUUGAGGCUUUGCAACUUCUGGAUUAUCCCUUUAACCCCUAAGAGUGAUUUAAAUGUAAUUUCUCCUAACAACAUCACCUGUGAAUCAAACAUAAAGGGCAUGAGAAUAAAGGAGAUUUUCACCAACUAAAGAAGCUCUUGAUUUUUUAACAAAUUCUCCUUAUCAGAACCUUAGGAAAUGUCUAGGGAGUAGAAUGGAGAAUAUGCAUAUGGAUGCUAGGGAGUAACAGAUUAAUCAAAGCUAUAACAAAAUUUAAAAUGUGAUUGGUUAUCACCAGCCUGAUUUGAGCACUGAUUGGACACUGUGCAUGCAAUGCGUGUGAUUGGACAGUGUGCGCCUCAUGCCUGUGUAAUUUAUAAUGGUAAGAGGACCCAGUGGAGUUCAAUUUGGUCUGUAAUAAUACAAGUGAUUAACAGAAUUGGACAACAAUAAGUCCUGUUCCCAAUUAAUCAUAACCAUUUCAAUUUCUGAAAAAACAAAUACACCUAAAACAAAUAUCUCUAGUGGAGACAAAGUCUUUUGUUAUAAAUUCCUCCAUAAUGGAAAUUCCCCAGUUUUUUCUUUGGGUAAGUGGUUGUUGCUAUGGUUAAUUUGAUCAUUUCUGUGAUUGGUUGAUUAGCCAAGUAGACUAAGUAUGAUUGGUUACUUGAACUGUUUGAUCACAGGUGUGUGGUUACAGCCAACUGUCCGAUCACAACUAUUCAGAAUGAUUAAUGAAAAAUGAAGCUGCGAAUGCACCAAUAAUGUUUGAGGAAUUUGUAAAGGUUGUGAUUAGACCAGAUACAUAUUGUGCAUGUACUUUUGUCAUGCAAUUUACUAAGUUAAUUGUUUUUUUUUCCUUCUCUCAUGAAAAAAUAGAAGGGAUGGCUAGGUUUUUUUUCUUGAAUUUUAUCAUACAUGUAGUUUUGGUUAACCCUUUAAUUCCCAAGAUCUGAUUGUCAAUUCACCCCUCUGGCUGCUAUACAUUUCCUUGUAAAUUAGUUAAAAGAAUUUGGUGUUAAAUCAAGAUAACAAUCUCUACCUAAUAAGUUUAAGUAUUCUCAUUACCUGUUUGUGGGAUAAUGUAGAAAUAUCAUAGGGAGAAGUUACAUGUUAAUCACCUCUGGGAGUUAAAGGGGUGAAUUACCUGGAGACAAAUUGGCCUAAUGGUCAGUGCACUGGACUCUGGGUCAAGAGGUCUGGGCCAAGACCUGGGGGGUCAAUGUGUUGUGUUCUCUCACAAUACCCCUCUCUAUCCAGGAGUAUAAAAAGGUAUCGGAAAAUUGUCAGGGAAGCCUGAUGAAAUGCUGGGAAGGUAAUCUUGGGAUGGACUAGCAUCCCAUCCAGGGGGAAGUAGUAAUACUCCUCGUGGCUUCAUGCUAUGUGGAAACCAGAAUAAUCUCUGACUGGAUGAACCAAUAGGCUUGAGUACAAACUUUACCUUAAUUGAUUUACUGGUAUUGCCUUGUUAUAUUCUCUCAAUAAUGCAGCACCACAGUUUCUUUAGAAACUUGCCCCCAUGUAUGACCAGUAUAAAUGCCAUGCGUUUUGUUAUCAGUUAUCUACCCGAUAGCGAUUUAUCUGUUGGAUAGUGUUAUCCGACCUAUAUAGGGCUGGGCCCUGAUAUUUUGUUGCCUCUUGCUUGUGAUCAUGAGUGCUGAAAUGAUGUUGAAGAUGAAAAUUUUUUUUUCAGCGAUGAAACUGUGAAGUUCUUCUGCUUCCAAGUUUUGGAGCAUUAUAUUAAAACAAGGUAUGAGUUAGCACUGGUGAUCUGGUUUGAUCCAAUACCAAAUUCUCAGAACAAAAUUUAUAAUGAGUGUGUGGUAGACACUAAAGAGAAUUUUCAUUAAGAUAUUGUGAGUGAAAGGGUUGAAUGAAUGGCAACAUGCAGCUCUCAUAAUCUGGGGAAAUUUGCUCCUAGUCCAUCAGUUUUAACUUCAAAUAAUUGACUGAUGUAAUGCUGAAGUAAAAAAAAAACUUUGUGCUUACAAUCCUGUCUCCUUCUCUUCAAAGACAUGCAGCAGCCUCACCACUAAAUCAGUGUACAGCAAGAAAGAUUCUUUUAACAUGGCUUAAAAAUCAGGUAUUUUUUUUUUCCUGCAAUAUUUAAAUAAUUACAGUAAGGAUUAGAUUUAGUGCUUGGGGCACUUUCUACUCAUUUUAACUCUGGGGGAGUGCUGACUUGAAGCACUUAUCUGGGAUGGGGUGUUUAUUUGAGAAACAGCAGAUGUGCUAAAUAAAGCUUUGAUGUUUAUCUAAGAGGGAUCAAUGGCAAAAACUGUAAAAGGAACUAAUAUACCCUGAAUAUUUGCACAAUAAUAGUAGGGAAUGUACUCUAGCAGUGCCAUCACUGAAACAGAACAAAAAUACCUAUUAGAAUGUGGGAGCUUCAGCAACAGGGGGGGGGGCUUAUUAGAAUAGGGGUGCUUAUCCAAAGGAGGGGCUUCUUAGAGAGGGGGCACUUAUUGGAACCAGGGUGUUAAGUCAAAUCUUUAAAGUAAUCAGUAAUGCAGCUUUAUAAAGGGAGAUAGGGUGGCCAAGAGGCUUUUACAGUGAACUUCAAAUUGUGUUGUGUUCAUGGUAAUGGUGAUAGGACUUACAAUGUAGUAGUUCGAUCACAGACAGAAUUAGACAACAAAAAUUCUCUUAUCAUGUAUAUGUACAUCCUAACAUUAGUAUCCAUAGUCUCUAUGCUCCUUUCUAUAGAUUUCCUUUGUUAUUGACAAGGAGAAUUUGUGUAUGACAAUCAAAGCUUGUUAGCUUUGUGAUCAUUUCUUCCAUUCUCUUGAUCUUGAAUGAUGUAGCAGUUUUACUGUAAGGAGAAAUAAGAUGCUGGUCACUCUUAGGGUUUAAAGGGUUAAGAACUGAGCUUAUACUUGUGUUUUUACAUAUCAGUGUUGUAGUAAAACAGAUGAUCAAAACUUUUUGAAGAACAAGGCUGCUCAAGUGUUCAGUUUAAUUUUUGUCUGUGACUAUCCUGAAGGGGUAAGUAAUUGAGUAAUAAUUAUAUGUACUUACUGACUGAGUGGGAUGGCCAGAAAGGAGAAUAUUUGGCUCAACAUCAUGACGUAUGGACCGCAUGUAGCAAGGUACAUGUGUCAAGAACAAGAGCCAAGUAUUUUCCCAUCCAGCGCCGACCCAACUCGGUCAAUAAGCAUUGUAUCAUAUAACCACUAGCCUAUCAGCUUUUGCUAUUGUUUCCUAUGGGAUUGCAUGCAUGGGGCUGUAUGGGUCAUGUGAUAAUUGACAUUUACCAAUGUCUGGUAUUGUUAAUUUGGAUUUCUGAAAUGCAACUUUGUGUCAAGCAUGACUAAAGUGUGAUUCUUGCACACCAGCUUUGCCAGGAUGGUAGCUAUGUUGACAAAACUCUAUAUACAUAGGGCUCUCAAGUUGAUUUGCUGUUGAAGAGAUUUUCAACUGCAUAGCCUUCAAGUGUGUGGCCGAGGGUGCUACCUUUUCCUGGGUGAAGGGGGAUAUGGGAGCAUACUCCUCCAAAAAAUUGUAAAAAAAAUUCACAUAGCUAAGACAUAUAUUCCUUUAUUCUGAGUGUUAUUCUUUAUUCAUGCAGUCAACAUGUCGGCAUGAUAGCAUAAGACUGCAUUCAUUUGCGAGAACCUGGCACUUACUGCAUGAGGCUUGAUAGCUCUCCAUAGUUACUCCAUACACAAUUGAAAAUUACUCAAUUGGCAAGCUUUGCCUUUUGCAGGUUCCUGGUAUAUUGCUGCAUCAAAGUUCUUCCUAAUCUAAUCUUCAUGCUUGCAAUUUUUAAUUUCUUUCAGUGGCCAACAUUUUUCUCAGACCUUCUUCAGUGCUUGCAGUUUGGUGCCAAAGCAGUAGACAUGUAUCUGAGGAUUUUGAAAGCCAUUGAUGAGGAAGUAGUUGACAGAGAUGUAACAAGAAAUCAGCAGGUGUGUGUGUGUCUAAAUUGAACGAUAAUCAGCUCAAAUUCAAAUAUAAAUGCUUUUUUUCUCUUUUUUCAUUUUUGUUCUUUUUUAUAGGAGGCAGACAGAAACAUGAAGAUCAAAGAUGCUAUCAGAGAGACUUGUAUCACAAAUCUUGUGGACUCUUGGUAUCAAAUCUUGGUAUGUUUUCUGUUUUGUAUAACAUGACAUGACAUCUCAACAGAACGGUGGAAGAAAAGUAGUUAAUAAUUUAUUUAUCCAAAAAAUGGUUCUACAGCUCGCACAGUAUAACCUUAACAUUCAGCCAAAACUGAUCUAAUCUUACUAUUCUUAAGCAGAAUACCUACGAGAACAGUUUAUCAUCAGUUAUGUGCCUAUGCCUGGAUGUUAUUGGAGCUUACAUUGAAUGGAUCGAUAUUGGCCUGAUAGCAAAUGAUAGAUUUAUAAGGUGAGAACAGUCAUUCGGGUCUGCUUGAUCACAAAGUGUAAUCAGUCCCCUCUCCUUUUCCAUUAACUUUUAUAUCCUAACAUCAGUAUGCAUAUUCUUGAUACUCUUCUUGAUACAUUAAUAUUCCUAAGAUGUGGACAAGGAGAAUUUGUCAACAUCUUAAAAUUAAGAGCUUCCUUAGUUGGUGAUCAUUUCCUUUAUUCUUGUUACUUAAAUGUUUGAUUUUGGGGUGAUGAUGUAGGGAGAAAUUAGAUGCUAGUCACUAUUGGGGGUCCAAGAGUCAACACCGCUGAUGUGGUGGUUAUGCACAUCCAGUAUUAGUAACAAGGGAGGUGUUCAUAGGAAAGUUAGAUCAAUCCUCUUAUUUUUUGUAAUGGCUGUGGUGACUAGCAUGCUGAAUGUUUUACAAGGAGCUCUUUGUGUGACUCUUGGCCAGCGAGUAGUUUGCUCUGUUCUUGGAUGAGUCACUUAACUUUCUCCUCCCCCCUCUCCACCAGGAGGUAGCCCUCCUAGCUGUGACAGUUUAAGUCGUGAGGUGUGGCAAGUUGCCGAUAUGACAUCCUCUGUUCAAGUUCAUGUAGCAAACUGUAUGGUUUUAUUACUUAGUUUCAUUUUUUUCUCUUGUGGAUAUUUUAAGUGAAGUAAUCAUUUAUUUCAUGUACAAGUUGUACAGUAUUAACAAUGGGUUGUCAUUUUCUCUGAUACAAAAGAUUGUGACCAAUGCAAAUCAAAUCAAAUCAAAUCAAAUCAUGCUUUCAUUAUAAUUUAUAAAGGAAACAUCAGAGGUUAUCUCUAAGGAGGACCUUCCCACAUAAAAUAUAACAUAAAUUAUAAGAAGGUGUUAAAAUGUAAGAAUUAUUAAGAAUUGGCUAAAAAUUUUGACCUUUACACCAAAUGAUACUUAAAUCCUGCACAAUUUGUGGUGACUAUAUUGUAUUGUAAGGUCAUGACAUGACUAUGAGUGUGAAGCCUUGAGAGCUAUGAAAUGGGUAUCAGCAUUUUUUAGGGUAACUUGAUAUAGACAAUGAACCACUAAUUGAUUGAAAGAGAUGUCCAUCCAGUGUGUAUCUUUUUAAAUGAUAUAAUUAUUGAAUUUUGUUUCUACUGUAUUGUUAUUUCCCAGUGCCCUUCUUAGAUACAUGUCAGUGGAAGUCCUCCGUGAGAGUGCUUGUGAUUGUAUCCACGAGAUCAUCAUGAAGGGAAUGGAGCCAGUUGCCAAGCGAGAACUCAUAGAGUCUCUUGUCAGUGUUUUAGAAAAAAGUGGAGUCCUUCAGCUGCAAGAGGUACUCUGCUAAUAUUUUAUGGUAUUAUUUAUCAGUAAUUCACUGAAGAGUUAAGUCUUCCAAGUCUUUUAUCAAAUGACCCUUGGGGAAAAUUGUGUAUUGUUGCCAGAGAAUUCUUAGACAUCUGUUGCCUCAUGUACACCCUAAGAUUCCUAACAUCCUUUGUAAAGAGUGUUCUGUUUAUGUUUCAGGAUGAAGAUGCUGAUUUUUUAGCUAAAGUGUCAAAAUUGAUGAAUGCUGUUGGAACACAACUUCUUAACAGCUACAGCAAGUAAGAAACAACUGUCCAAAAGCAGAGCUGGACAACGUCAUUAGGUGUUCUUCUUUCCUUUCUUCUCUCUCCUGAUGUUAUUCUAUUUUCUCCUCUCUCUUCACUCUCGUCUUUCUGACCUAUGAACCAUUAACUUUUACUAAUCACUUGUAAAAGUUUUUUGGUUCUCCUACUAUUUGUCAGUUUUCUGCUUUGUGUUUGGCUUUUUUUCUUUCAUGUGUCUCACUUUUCAGCUGUAGUUCACAUUUAUACUACCAUGCUUCUACAGAACUCAGUGCCACUAGUUACCAACUUUUUUUUUAGUAAACUGGUGUGACUUUACUUUUAAGAGCCCCUUAAAAAAGUUGGGCCCCCCAGAUUUACAAGACAAGAGCCUUCAAGCAUUUCCCUCUUCAUGAUCUCUGUUCUGUAGUUUACAUUCAGGUAAUUUUUUUGUAAUUAUGGAGGGUUUACUUCUUGUUCAGGCUUACAAAGUCUGGUGAUACAGAAUCUGCAGCCAAGUGCCUCUAUGCUGCUGAGGAAAAGAUGCAAUACCUGUUUAGGUAAGUGACUGUUGCAGUGCUGCUUGUCAUUCCUUUAGGAAUGUCAUUAAAUUUGGUAAACUAAUGUACUGUAUAAUGUGUUUUAUUACUCCACCAUUACAUCACCUGAUUUCAACAUAUUAGGGCAUAGGAAUGCUCAAAAUAUACCACAGUAUUACACUGUAGAACAGGGCAAAAAUCUUGACAGGAAGUGGAAAAACAAAGAGGCCUUGCUAAACCAUGCCAACUUCAGUUCUACUCCAAUAGCUCAGAAUAAAAAGACUACACAACUCACAAAACAAAUGUGCAUAUUAUAACAUUUAUGAAAGAGCAGCAAAAACCUCAGUUUAUGUGUUGCUUUCAUGUUGCCUCAGGAUUUUGUCAGCCAUCUCUGAUGGUUCACAAAUACUUUUUUGUACUCCAUGGCAUCAAGGUUCUCUGAAAAAUUCAAGUCUUCAGUUAAUGUCUUAAAUGAAACAGAUGUGGUAUUAUUGUCAGUCUUCAGUCUUUCCAUUUCUUUUGCUGUAUAAUAUCAGUUGUUUCUUUGCAGAUUUCUUAGUCAUGAUGAUGAUGAUGUGUCCCAGAAUGUGUCUGGUUUUGGAUAUACUUACUUGACUGUGUUGAAACAGGUAAUUUAACUGGAAACACUGGGGGAUAAGCAGGCACUUCAACAAGUGGGGGGAGGUUGGAGCUUGGCUCAGUAUUAUAAAUUACUGCCUUUCUCUAGCCUGCAUUUAGCAUGACCAUACUUUGGCACAAGUCUUUCUUCAGAUACCAUGAGGACUUUGAGCAAUGCAAGCUUGUAAGAGGUCAGCAAGGGAUCUUGCACUGAUAAUUACUGACAGUCCUCCAGCAAACCUCUCCUGACUUGUCUCAAAUCUUACCAUGGGCAGAGAAACAAGCAUUCUGCUGCAUUAAUUAAAAGGGCCUGUUUGCAGGCUAGCCUUUCCUUAAUGGAGUGGAGUCACAACCACCCAAGUAACUUACACACACCUUUGAUGCUUGUUUCCUCAUCAAAACAUGCAGCAUGCACUUUGCAGUGUGACAUUUUUAAUGUAAAUCAGCAGGAUCAGUUUCAGCAUGCAGAUAUGAAUUAAAUAAAAUUCAAAGAUUGAAAAUAAAGAGAUCUGAUAGAGAUACUGCUCAAUUUUGGUCAAUCAAUGACCAUUCAAGAAAGUUGAUGACAAUGAUCAUUAUUCCAAAGUUGUUCAUAAUGACUUUAAAUUUCUUUCAGAUUGCAAAUCCAAGUGAACAACAGAAAGAAAACUUAAGGGUAAGAUUGAAGCUCUUCAAAUUUGAUUUUCAAGAUUUUUAAAGGGUGGAAUGCAGAUACCUGUUGGUUGAGAAUGAUUUUAAUUGCGAACAAUGAAUGAACUUGAUUUAACUUAGAGCAUUAUAGUGGAACCGUGCUAACUCAAACCCCUGGGUAACAAGCAGAGGGUCAGAUUUCCAUUGACCCAUUAUUUCUGUCAUUUACCAUCAGCUAACUCAAACCCCUGCUGACUCAAACCAUUUUUUGUUUCCCCUGGGAGUUUGAGUUGGCAGCUUCUACCAUAUAUUGAGAGUGGGAAGGCAAAUGCAAGAAAAUGCAUGUACAGUUUCAAUUGAUUGUUUCCUCCAAGCCUUACUUUCAAGGAAACUUUUUGCAAGUAAUACUGUAAGUCUGAUUGGUUUUUUUUUUUGUGGAAUAUUUUUAGGGAAUUUUGCAUGUCAUUAUUAACAAGAUGAAGUAUGAUGAAUCAUACAACUUUGAUCAUGAGGUAAAGGUCUUCAUACAAUUUUAUUAAAUGUGUAAAUGUGAGGCUCAAAUGUACAUCACCAGAUAUUUUUCCAAAAUUCUUUCAUUAUGAAGACGACGACUAUUGCAUCUUUCAGGGUGAAGAUGAAGUGAUGUUCAUGGAAUAUAGAAAGGAAAUGAAGAUCUUAUUUGACAAUAUUGCUCAGCUGGUAUGUUAGUGCGACAGUAUUAUUUGAAGUAGUACUCACAGCAUUUAAACUUGGAGGAUUAAUUUUAAAUAUUUAUUUGUUUGUAUGUCUUUCAGGACCCUAAUCUCGUGCUGGUCUCUGUUCACAAUAUUUUGAAUUCAACAUUUGGGUAAGAUUAACCCAUUAAUCUCUUAGAGUGGCUCGUGCAAUUAUUUCUCCUGAAAGUUCUACACCUAAGAGCAACAAAUUUGUGGUCAUAAGAAUAGUGGAAACAACUACCAACUUAAGUUGCUCUUGAUUGGUAAACAAAUUCCGCUCUCAAGAACCACAGGAAAUGUGAUGUAUAGGAAACAUUAUGGAGAAUAAAACACACUAUUGUUGGGGUGUAAAGUCCAGAUCAAAUUUGUAAUUCUCCUUACCCUCAACCAUACAAUUCUUGUAAUGUUAGUUCAGAGAAUUUAGUAUUGGAUCAACUAAUUAUUCCUAAAUUGGUAUUUUUCUUUAUUCUCAUCCCUUAUCUGGUUGAUAUUGUAUUGAUAUUGUUAGGAGAAAUUUUGUCUUGGUCACUCAUGGGAGUAAAAGGGUUAAGGAAGUUCAAUUCUAGGUACAGCGGUGGCUGAAAUAAGACUGGCUAUCUUAAACUUACAAUUUUUUUUUUCAGCAGGCAAUUAGAUGCAGCCAAGUUUAUGGAUGUGGAGAUAGCUGUGCGGGUUCUUUACAUGGUUGGAGAAGCAAUGUCGGUAAGGGGCUCUUUAAGUUUGAUCUGAAAUACUUUCUGCUUUGUUAUUGUUAAUAUUUUUUGCUACAGACGGUAAAAUGCUAGAGAGGGUGAGGUACAGAUGUUACAAAAUGUUUGUAGACCACAUUUUGGGUAAUUAUUCUUUUAUCAACAGACCCAACAAUUGUACUCUGAUGCCUCAAAGUUUUCAGCACUUCAGCAAAUGAUGAGUUUGGUAGGUUAUUUUUUUCUUGCGGCAGUGCAUGGACUGGACAGUUAGGUGGACAGACAGAUGGAUGACAGGGUAAUUUAGACAGAGUGAUUGACUGACUGACUGACUUGCAUUGAAUUUCUGACCACCUGAGUGACUGAAUAGUGCGUAAGUGGAUUAAUAAACAGACUGACAGACACACUUACUGACUCACUCACUUCUUGAGGAACUGACUGUUCAACUAAGAACCAGACUUACAGACAGCCAGACUGAGUGAAUGACAAGUGAUUGACUGCCUGGUUGGUUGGCUGAAAAACAGAAGCAAGAGGAUCAAAUAUGUGUUAUUACAGCCUUAAAUGGUUUGAUUAGUGUUUGACUCACUGAUCGAUUGAUCAUUUCUUCUAACAGUUGGUGACCAGUAAUGUGUCUUACUACAACCACUCCUCGGUGGCUCAAAUGGUAACUUUUUUUUUUUUAAAUUUUUGUACGUUUUCAAUCUUGAUAGGCAUGAAUAUAAUCUUUUUAAUUUAACAAAUUGUUCGAUAUGUUUUCCAUUCCCUUUCAGUUCUUUGAGACAGUUGUCAGGUAUGACAGAUUUUUCAGCAUCCAAAGUCAACACAUUCCAGCAGUACUGGUGAGAGUUUUGGAUUGAACUUGAUUUUACAAUGAAGAAAUGUAAAAUGGUUUCCGUGUUUACAUAGCCUGAUGUAAACAUGCGGGAGGUUGGGAGAACACGAGAUAAGCGUAGGAAACUACGACGCGAAGCAGAGUGGUUUCCAGCUUAUCUACUAUUUGAAUUAUUUUAUAAAGCCAUCUUUUAAAGUUUUCUUUGACAAUCCUUCAGAGUCAUUUUCAAUUUAGUGUCAAAAGUGUUUGAGGAUUUGGAUGUACACAACCUUCUAGACCAGUCAGAUUCAAUCAAAAAUAGAUAUUGACUCUGUCACUUGAACUCCAAUGAGGCUUUUUUUUAUCUGCCCACUUUGAAUGCUCAUUUGCAUGUCUUUGAUAUUUUCCUUGUUCACAUUGCUCAUUGUUAUUUCGUUGGUUUUGGUUUAAUGUCACUCAAGCAAAAAGUGUUUUACAGACAUAGACAUAGCAGUUCCCCUCCCCCUCACGAUCUCUACAUGUACUUCAAAGAGACAGUUGUGGUUACAACUCCCUGUCAAGUACGUACUGUAUCUGUGUAUCUGUGUGGUCUCCUCUAGGUUUGCCUGUUAGGCUUGAAUUGAUUGUAACUGAUGAUUUAUCUAGACUCUUGUCCUUCGAAGAAAUGCAUUUUUUGCUGUAAUAACAAGAGUUUAAAACUUUUUGUGUCCUAGAUUGCUUUCCUCGAUGAGAGAGGACUCCGUAACCCAAACUGCACUGUUAGAAGCCGAUGUUCCUAUCUGUUCUCAAGGUUUAUCAAGUCUCACAAGUAAGUUUCAUUGUAGAGAUUUGCCAAGAGUUAUCUGUUAAAGUAUUUUGCUGUCGAGAUAAUGCAUGGAUAUUAUAGGAAGAAGGUACAUGUUGCUCACUUCUGGGAUUUAAAAUUUUGAGCGUUGUGUUCUGUAAAUGUACACAACUUUCCUCGCAAUAUCUGCGACAGACAUAAUCACAAGUAUUCACUGACUUUGUUAAUUAGCCUGGGCAAGGAUAAUCUUGUAACAGUAAACUCUCUUGUACUAAUUUACUUGCUUGUUUCAGGGCAAACAUGCUGAACUAUGCUCAUGAUGUUUUAAAGAGACUACAGGGACUUCUUGUCAUAUCCGCAGUGAGUAUAAGCAAAACUAUUUUACUGCUACCUUGUCAUACUCUGUGAGGGAGACGCGAUAGGCUUGUGGUUACCGCUGGACUGUGGGCUCAAAAAGUCCGCGUUCGAUACUUGGCCGGGUCUGUGUGCUGUGUUCUUGAGCAAAGCACUAAACUUUCACUGUACUUCACUCCACCCAGGAGUAUAAAUGGGUACCGGUGAAUUAUCAGGGAAGCCUGAUGAAAUUCUGGAGGGUAACCGGCAAUGGACAGGUAUCGCAUCCAGGUGGGAGUAGUAACAUUCCUAGUAGCUUCAUGCCAUGGAGAUCAGGAUAAGUUGUGGCUGGAUGGACCAGUUGGCUCGAGUACAGAGUAAACCUACCUUCCUAUUACUCCAUAACGUUUGAUAACCCAGAACCUACACGUACCUAUUAAGCUUGUAUUUGAAAUUGGGUUUCUUCUUGGGAGAAACAAACGCUUAAGGUUGAUUAUAAUUUGGUCAGUCUUCACUGUUCACACAAUCCAAGGUCUCUCCGUUCUUAUUCUUUAUUGUGAUUUUCCUUUCUUUUGAAGGACAAUGGUUACCAACAGCUUCUAUCUGCAGAUGAUCGGGUAUUAAUUUUUUUUUUUUUUGAAUGAAAUCAAUCCCUACAUUUAUUUGGUCCGUUAUUGAAAUAUUGUCACGAGUUGUUCUAAUCCUUUCGCUCUCAGAGGUGAUCAGCAUGGAAUUUCUCUUUACAAUAUCAAUACAUUUUCAACCAGAUACAGAUAACAAAAAAAAAAGAAAUGUAACAACAAGGAAACAGUGCAUGAUCAAAUGCUAGAUUCUCAGACCAAGAAUUAUAAAAAAUGUAUGAUGGUCAGUGAAGGGAAGUUGGUAUUUAGAUCUUGGCAGUGAGGAGGUUAAUGGCGGUGGCUUAUUGACGCAAUCGUUGAUCACUUGUUUUUGAAUGUGUUUAAGAUCCAAAUUUUUUUUGUGAAUUAUUUUUUUCGUAGUUGUUCCUUUAUGAGAGCGCAGGUAUUCUCAUUGUUGCUAGUGGAGCAGUACAAGAGGUAAGAAAUUUGGGAAUAAGUAAAUAGUAGCUGGGAAUGCCUCAAACCUAUGGUUGGUAGAGUUCAGAGCACUUUCCUUUGCCUUUACCCAAAACAUGAAGAUCUAUUUGGACCUAGUAAUCCGCCUGAUACAGAUAGAACAGAGUUAGAUUUAAGACUUGGUACAAAAUUCAGUUGCUGCUUAAGAAAAGCGGCCAAUUGAACCUUUAACCCUCAAGAGUGAUAAGCCUCUAAUUCAUCCCCACAAUAUCACCCCUGAAUCAAACAUUGUGGUUACAAGAAUAAAGGAAAUGGUCACUAACUAAAGAAGCUCUUUGUUGUAGAACAAAUUCCCCUUCUUAGCGCCUUUGGAAAUGUAUAGAGAACAGUAUGGAAAAGGGUUAACGCCUAAGAGUGACCCUACUACAGUGUUCUCAUUUUCAGGCGGUAACCAGUAACAUUUACCGCCUGUAGUACCUCUUAUUACCGUUUAAAAUUGCUUGGAAUUCUUGAAAUUCAAUGGGUGAAAGGAUUGCUUUACCGGUUUGAAAAUUUACUUUACCUGUCAUGCUUAAAAUAAGGGAGAACACUGUGACCCUAACCCUAAUUUCUCCUUACAAUAUUAACCCUUUACACCUUGACAUCAGUAUGCAUAUUCUCGUUACUGUUCUAUAUACAUUUCCUAAGGUGCUGAUAAGGAGAAUUUGUUUAGCAAUCAAGAGUUUCUUUAGUUGGUGAUCAUUUCCUUUAUUCUCAUGACCUUAAAAGCGUGAUUCAGGGGUGAUAUUGUAAUGAGAAAUUAGAUGCCAGUCACUCUUAGGGGCCAAAGGGUUAAGAUCACUAGAAUGAGGGAAAUAAUCACCAACUUAAGAAGCUCUUUGUCAGGUUGUAAAAUAAAUUCUCCUUCUCAGUAUCUUAGGAAAUGUUUAGAGAACAAUAUGGAAAAUAAGCAUACCGAUGUUAGGAUGUAAAGUUGUAGAGGGUUAAGCCGGAGAGCUUCAAAUGGCGGUAUGCAAGUGUUCCUAUGCAGAUGGCAAAAAAAUUAUUUUAUACGCAAUGCCCGUUUUCACAACGGAGAAUACAAAAUCCUCAAUUUUUAGAUCAAAAUGUUUGAUCUCAUACCCAGCUUCAGACUGAAUAUAAAAAUCGUACCAACACCUUUUGGUGCAAUUCUUAGCUCUAUUUGUCAUACGGUAAAGAAAUUUCCAUAGAAUUGCAGGGAAGCUACUGCACUUGCAAGGGUCUCGUUUGUUAUCUACGACUCGUAAGCGACGAAGUUAACUUCAUAAUUUUUCUUUAUCUUUUCAUUUUCAGAAGCAGCUGAUGUACAUGAAGGACUUGCUGUCCCCUAUCAUCGAAAAGUUUGAUUCAGUUGUUAGCAAGGUAACGAUACUUGCAUAGUGAAGCCCCUCUAGGGCCAGUCAAUACAUAGAAACAAGGAUGUAUCCACGUUAAGUCAGAAAGUCAGUUGGCAAUCAGGGAUUUGAACCAGAAUGCUUCUCAAUUGAGUGUAAUGGAACCAAAACCUAAGUAAUCACAACCGGCCAAUCAGAGCGAAGGAAAAUCUCAUAAAGAGCCAAUGAGAACUCAGAGUAAGAACAAGCCUACUGCCCAAAGCGCGGGAAAACGCGGGUGGCUAACUCGUGAUUGGUUUCCGUUUGCAUGAGUUUUCUUUUGUUUUUUUUUUUGCAAUCCCGGAUGACUUUUGACACUCAAGUGGAGAUUGCCAUCAUGUGACUUUUUUCAGUUAGUUAUUGCUGUAAAUCAUUAUUCAUGGUAUUUUAUUUCAUUUCAGCUAAUGUCGGAGACCAAUGAUGCCUCUUCCCUGAUGUUUGCUCAGCAGCUCUAUCAUCUUGUUGCCUAUGCAAGGUAACUCUGGAGAUUUUACAAGAUUUUGUGUCACAAAAUGGACAAAACUGUGCUUUCUCUAUGAUAUUUCUUAUCUUCGUGGACGUUAUUGGAUUGUUGAGCUAGAGCCGCCUAGAGAUUUAAGAAAAUACUUGAUUAUGUGACGAAAUUUUUAUUGAGUAUCGAAAGCGUCCUAGAUUCCUUUGGGUUUACUAAACAACGUGGGAUUUGUGGUAGCCUGAGAUUGACACCUUUUUUGCGUUUUUUCCGAAAAGCGGAAGAAAUCAAAAUCAGAAGGAGAGCGCUAUGGGGAGUCUAGCGCCAGGGAAAGGAGUGGGGGGGGGGGAGCAAAAAAAUUACAUUUCAGUCACUUCUUUCGAGCCCCUCUCUUCGCGCAUGCUUCGCCACGCACCCUGUCCUUGCGCUCAGCUCUGUUCGUCAAUGGAACGGAAAAAUGUCGCCUGUCCUUAAGGCUAGCUACAUGUUCCGUUUCCAACUUAGCUUGCAAAUAGGUGUAAUUUUUGUUUUUGCCUUUUUCUGUCGAACGGAGGCAAGGCGUAGUUCGAAUCUUGUGCUCCUCCCCUCGCGCUGGACUUACACUUUGCGCUCGCCUCGCGUUUGCCUCCAUUCGCCUCAACGAAUCAGAUGAAAACACUAAACCAAACACGGCUUAAACAGUCGCAUUUUGCUGUAUUCACGACGGUUUUGCUUGUUCUCGUUUGCUCUUUGUAAUAAUUUUCUUUAUUCUGAUCGGCCAUCAUUAUAUCGUUGAUCGUGGAUUUUAUGACACUCACUACGAAAACGACCUGAUAAGCUUCUGCUUUCUUUUAUUUCAGUCGAGCCAGUAAAGCUUUCCCCAACCAGCAAGCCCUAAAAGACAGUGGCUGUGCACCAUGUUUUACAGAGGUAACGUUAACCCUUUACACCCUAACAUCAGUAUGCCUAUUCUCCAUACUGUUCUCUAAACAUUUCUUAAGGUGUAGAUAAGGAGAAUUUGUUUAACAAUCAACAGCUUCUUUAGUUGGCAAUCAUUUCCCUUAUUUUCGUGAGUUUCGUGUUUGAUUCAGAGGCGAUAUUGUAAGGAGAAAUUAGUCGCUGGUCACUACCCGUUGUAGUGUGUCACCAGAACGGUUAGGAGCUGUAAGUGCUCUGGAAAAAAAACCCCAAAGAAAAACCGAGAAAAAACGCUUCUUGUCAGGAUAGACUGUUCCCGAUUUAUUUACAUUUACAUUUGCACUUCCACUUUUCAGGCUUUGCCGAUUUUCCUCAAAGCGCUACACAUACCUAUUCAUCGAGACACCAUUCACUCUGGUGUGCGGCAGUACCUCCACAGGAUGAUUGUUUGCCUGGGCGAGGGAGUACUACCCUUCAUCCCUGUUGCAGUUUCACAUUUGCUGGAAGAUUGCACGGUAAGUACCAAUGGAGGCAUGACGUAUAUACUGAUGAAGAAAGCACAGGUUGGAAAUGAAAUAUUACAAUGUAUUUCCCUUGGUGGGAAGCUAGUCUUUGGCAGAUUCUCAGCAAUAUUUCAUCAUUCCCGAGGCUCGAUGAUGUUCCUUGAGAUGGAUUGGGUUUGUGUGUAAAGUUUCAGCCUGUACAAUAAGUGCAAUUACCUCAGUAAGGGGGGGUAAGGUUUUAAGAAAACUGUAGUGCUGCGUUGGUGGAAGAGUAUAACGGGGUAAUUUAGUAUUAUCAACUGAGCUGAUGAUGUAAAUUAGCCAUCUUAAAGAGUUUAAAAGCUGAAGUUUCGAGCAUUAGCCCUUCGUCAGAGCGAUUGGAGGAAUUGUGAGUUCUAUGUUUAUAUGCCGAAAAUGGAGCUACGCUAUUGGUGGGAAUAUGGUGACGAGAAAACAAUAAUAAGUUAAAAGUCCUCUGUGAUACCGUGGGGAUUAAGAGUGCCGAUUUGAAAGGUAAAUUUUUAUUCUAGAGUUUUGCGGCUUUUCAGACUGCUUAAAUGUAAGGAAAGGCCGCAAAUUGCCAUAUGCUGCUUAGAAUGGUUAGGGAGGUUUAAGUGUGUAGGAACUGGUUUGGAUGCGUCCUUGUCAUUUCUUUUUACGUCGCGAAGGUGUUCUCGGAAUCAGUUAGAGCUUGGUGGCGCCCGUUUCGAUCCAGCCUGCUAGACACCAGACCUCCCCCUCUUCCUUCUCACUAAAGAACGAGACUCGCUUGUAUGCCAUAUGCUGAGCUUGAACCAAAAUCUGACUGCAUUUAAUUUUCGAAAAGCUCACAGGAAGACCAGCUCAGUACUUUCUAUCUUAAGUGAUUCAAAGAUUUUCUUUGUUUUGUUCCAGGCGCGGGACAUUCAAGAAUUCAUUCCGCUGAUCAAUCAGAUCAUCAGCAGAUUCAAGGUACAUCUCUAGAGUGUCUUCUAAUGCAUAUUUGUAAAUGACAUAUCUGCCCUUCUCCAUUGCUUUCGCGAAGUUCCAAGUGAUAAACGUGAUAAGAAAUCUCGAAAGUACGGCUGAGUCGAGGGUACUUAGUAUUGCCAAAGGAAUUUUACCCUGGAAGCAUCAUCUGUGGUGCUCAAUUUCGGACUCUAAGUUUAGAUUCUUCUCAACGAUCCCUUCAUUUUCUCAUCGGUUUUAGUUGUACGAAUUUGUAAUAUCAAUGACCAAGUCAUGCGAGCUCAAUAUUUCUCUUUUUUUGUUUUCACGUUUCCUCCUAGACUCAAAUUGGCCCCUUCCUCAGGGACGUUUUCAUGGCAAUUGUUAACACAAUCUUCACGGUCCUUGGCAAACCAGCAGAUGAAAAAGAUGCACAGGUUACGUAGGCCCCCUAAACAUCUUUAAUCUCAAGAUCUGAUAAAAAAUUCUGUCAUUUAAUAACCACAUAUUUAUUUGUUUGUUUGCUAGUCUGGAGAACUAGCAGUCCUAUCGGAACAAUGUCCCCUAAUUGGUAGUUGUCUUUCGUCUCACUAGCUGUCUACUUGAUAAUGCAUUGAAAUUGUAAGGAGAGUCUAUAAACUUAUCUCUCCUAGGCUGAAACGAGCCAUAGGAUAACCCCGCUUUUUCCAGAAAUAGCGCUAGGCUCAAAGAUCAUCUCUCCCCAUGCUCGAGUUGUGAAAGUGAAGUGUUUUCCUUCUUCGACAUCGAACCCAAAUUGUUCUCUAAUUUUGAGUGAGCUUAUCUUGAUUUGUUCCAAACAUAUCUUGAGAACAUGUCGAUAGUCUAUCACGCACUCGGUAAAGGCGUGAAAAUUAUGUGUCAACGCGUUGCAGUUGCGAGUUUCAUAACCGACAUGCGUCCAAAACAGUUCAUUCUUUUCCUGUCGCAAACGUUCAACUCCCCUUACUUUCUAAGUGCACUAUGACGCCCCAUUCUAUUUGGCACUUACGGUAGUGUUGUUCAUAAUUUCUUGCAGGCUGUCAAGGAAAAGGAAACUUUGAGGCGUAGUUAUUUCUUGUUUGUGGGUGCUGUGGUAACUAAUGAUGUGACAGUGGUCCUCACCUCUCAAAGUGAGUGACAGGUUCUCGUUUCUUCUCUCCAUUCGUUUUUUUUUUUUUACACCUUUCUCCUCCAGCGUGUUCUGAACUCCAGAUCAAGACUUCUGGGCUUCAACCAUGGUUGAGCCAUUGUGCUGUGUCGUUUGGCGAGACUCUUUGAGCUGCUUAUUUACACAAAGUUUAGCCGUUUUUUAACAAUCAUUUUUAUGAACAGUGUCCAGAAGACCGAAAGCCAACAGUACAAUGACAUUUAUUUGAUUAAAUCAACCCACUUAUAGAGAAUCCCUUAGGCCCACUGCUCGCAUAAAACCGCAGUAUGAGUGAGACUUCGUUAUGUAGCCUCCCCCCACCCGGGAGUGUAAAUAGGUAUUGGCAAAUUGUAGGGGAACCUUAUUGGAGAGCUGCUGGCGAUGGACCACAUUUCCAUUGUGGAGGAAUAGUAAGCACUGUAUCCCUUGAGGAAACAGAGAUAAGCUAAGGUGGAAAUGGACUGACCGAUUCGUCAGACCUUAUUCCUUUUCUGAAGAUUUUACUUGGUGUCGUGUCAACUAUUAAAGGGUUACUGUACUGUGGUGUGGUUUUUAUUUUGUUCCCCCUUUUAAUCUCAUGUUUGGGUCCAUCUUUGUGUGGCUUACACGAACUGUAAACCACGCAAUGUCAUGAUCCAAGAUAUUUAUUGAUCUUAUCAACUGGCAAUUGCCGCCAGGUUGUGGAAGCUGAAAUAAAUCCUUAGUCGAUUUUUCAGUGUUUUUUCUAAGUCCCUUUUUUUCCCCUUUCUUUUCUUUUAAAAAUUUACAUUGUGCUAUAUCCUUUUUUUUCAUAUCAGCUCCCCAUGAUUUGCACCAGGUGUUGUUGACAUUGAUUCAGGGAGGAGUAGAAUUUCCAGAUCCGGUGGUAAAUACUUUUCUUUUUGUCUGAUUUUAAAUCUAGAAUUGUGAAAAAUAAACAACGUUCCGCCCACCGCAUGCAAGAAAAUUUGAAAACGACGUUUACACUCUUUCAACGCAAGAUGUGUUUUCUGUCCACACUGGAAAACGGAUAAAUGCUUUUAGUUCACAUUAAAACGAUCCUUGACGAAUCCUUCAACAUACAGGGGACUCGGUCCAAAUGUUUUUUUAGUCUGUCUGAUCUUUCAUAAAAGAGUCACAAUGUAUUUUAGCCAUUUUCGUUCUCUAUUUAGUCGUCUCGAUACCAAAUUGAAGCAUAAAUCGCCCCCUAAGGGAAAAAGUAAAGUAAUUUCUUACAAACCUUCGCCCUGCCGUCUAGCCCCUCGCAUUAAUGGAAGACGUUCUUUAAAUGAUUUUUUCUGUGUUAUUAUCAGGCUCAAAAGAUUUCCUUCAAUAUUCUUCGUAAACUGGUUGAACUCUGGGGUAAGGAUUUAUACUUCUGUUUUCUAAAAGUGAAUAUUAUUAUUUGAAGAAUCACGAUUAAAAUUGUGUCUCGUUCACUCCUCGUAGGUGGCAGCAAUGGAUUGAAUGGUUUCAGAGAGUUCAUUUACGACAGUAUUGUACCUGCAACGUUUGUGGCUCCAAUGAAGUCGAACUUUGACAUGAAUGACGCACAGACUAUUUUGGUAUGUAACUAUUAGCCUCCCUCGUCUUAUUUUUUAGUGCUCAGAGGGAGCGUUGUAACUUACCUUCCCUCUAUGAUAGCAUACAGAGCCCUUUCCGAUUAAUCAUUGGAAAACCAAAACCAAAGGAAUCGGAAAUUACCUUAAAGAACCAAUGUGAAGGUAAAGUCGAAAUAAUCAAACCGCUAAAGCGCGGGAAAACGCGGGCGACCAAGUCGUGGUUGGUUUUAGAGUCUCCUCUGAUUGGUUGAGAGAGGGGCACGAGUUUUCAGGACCAAUCAUAGAGCGAAGUAAAGCGAAAACAAAGCAAUCCAGGAUUACUUUUUAUACUCAAUUUUAAAUUGCUCUAUCCCGUUGGGUCUCAAUCAGCUAGGAUAUUUGGCCUUUCUAAAGCCUUCUUCGUCAUUGUGAAUAGUUUCUUUUACGUAGCUAUCGCGUUAGAGCGGUUCUCGUCUGAGCUUUGCUCAAACAAAACCAAAAAUAUUCACGACUUCUAAACUGGUUAAAAUUUCUGCUCAUGACCGUUUUGUCUGUCCAACAGGCUUUGCAGGAAAUUGCUCUCACGCAGAAAAUGAUUUUGCAGAAACAGGUAUGGCUGUUUGCAUCCAAUCAAUUUUUAGCCGAAGGGUAUCUUUGUAAAUUGGUUGGGAUAAUUUACUGUUAUAUAAAAAUGAAGUCCUCCAGUUAAGUUGAAAACUUAACUUUUAUUACUUAUAAACUGACGUGGGAGACACGGUCUGGGCUCGAGACCUAGACGGGUCAAUGUGUUGUUUGCAAAACAAUUCACCCUCACAGUGCCUCUGUCCACCUAGGAAUAUUCACCCGGUGAGUUGUUGGGGAAGCCUGAUGAAAUGCUAAGAGAUAACCUUGUGAUGGACCAGCAUCCUAUCCAGGGGAUAAGGAGUUGUGAUACUCCUACAUUUGUUGUAGCUUCAUGCGAAGGAAACCGAGAUAAGUUCUGACCGGGUGGGCCACGGGGCUCAAGUUAAGACUUUUUUCACUUUCCUAUUGGCUGGAUAAUGUAGAAAAACUUAAGAAGAAUUUGCAUGUUAAUCGCUGGUGAGAAUACUCCUGGAUUAAUAUCCUCUUGUUUUGUGGCUUUCAGGGAGUGGAGUUUAUAGAAUUCCUACAGAACAAAUACCUUCCAACACUUCAGAUUGCACCAGGACUCAUUCAGGUAGGCGCCAGCUUAUCGUGGAUGGUUUAUCGAUCAACUCUCUUUGUCGGGUCUUCCUCGUUUGUUUUCCAAGUCGAAAUAAGAAUUUGGAGUGUUGUUUUUCGUAGAGGGGGACGGGGAGAAAAAACCCUUGGAACAACAUCAAAUAAAACCUAUAUGUAACGCCAGGUCUGGAAAUCAAACUGGAACGCUUUCGCCAUCGCGUCAUUCCUGCCCCCCCCCCGGGAAAUACCCUCAGACGUUCCCCCCCCCCCUUGCCCCUAGAAAUAAUCUCCCGAACACUACCUUUGUAUUUUACCUACGGACGUUACCCUUAAACAUCAUGCCCCCGACGUCAAUCUGAACGCUACAUCUGGACAUUACCUUCCGGAUUUUUUCCCCGGACUUAAUCCUCCGGACAUUCCCUACGGACAUUCCCGACGAACAUUCCCCCCCAACUGACUCCUUCCCUUCCCUGGCGGAUAUUGUUAAUUUGUUUGUUUGCUUGUUUUUUUUUUACUGUAUUCUUAGGAAUAUACAAGGGCCUUACAGCACGCAGACAUAAAAACCUUCAAGAACUAUAUAAAGGUACCUUGGGGAUGACUUGUUUAUUUUAUUCAUUUAUUCAUUGAUUUAUAUUUUUUCCUUUUAUUUACUUCUUUUUCGCGUGUUUUCUGCAUUUACGAUUCCUCUCUGUUAAAGCCGAGACAAGUAAUUGUAAUUGUACUGCGUCUAAAUGACUCUUUGUCCAGGCUUACGUUUCCCACACCGUUAUGUUUUCCGUCACGCAACACUCGUUGCGGAACGCGGUUUUAUGGUUGCGUGACGAGCCAAAUAGGAACGGCGCUGAAUCUGCCUAUUCGUGCUCCGCGAUCUCCAAUAAUUGUCUAUAGAAUAGUAAUAAACCUAAUCUUCCCUAAUCCUAUCUAAAUUAAAUAUUUAAAUGCAAUGGUAGUCGGCAUGCUCUCAGUGCUUUGUAUGAUGUUUGUGGUCAACAACUGUUUAUUUAUUUAUUGUUUCAGGCUUUUUUCACCAACCUUCGUUCUUGACCAAGGCUUAGUCCCUUCACCACCAGACGGAGGGAACGAGUUUUGUUUAAUAUUGAUAUAUGUAGUUACAGUGUGGUGGCUGUAAAAACAGAGGAUAUAGUUAAACUUUAAUUUUAUUAUAGAGAUGACAGCGUCCCCGAAUGAGAAAAUCGAAACAGUUAGUGUUAAACACAAAAUUUUACAGAUCAAAGGUUGAAUGAUAUUUACAAUUUGUGCAAAGCCUGAAACGGUUCUUGAAAUUAUCUUGAACAUACUAAACUACCUCAUAAGCUAUUUUUUAAUUUUAAAGAGAGGCAGUAUUUGGUAAACCUGUCAAAAUUACUAAUCUGCUCUCUUUUAAAUAGAAAAUAGCACCGAAUUUUCUACAAAUUCUUUCAUAUUGGUAGCAGGGUCACCGAUUUAUGAUGGUGGGUUUUCUUGUAAAAGUGACAGCACUUACUUCAGUCUAAAACUUUUAAACUGAGCCUUUAUUUAAGGGUACCGCAAUCUCGCUCAGUGAAAGGGUGUUGAACAGAUCCAUUGUUACGUCUAUAGGGUAAAUAUUAUUCUGUAAAGAAACAAACAAAUUACAUGUAUCUUCAACGGUACUCUUUUUAGAAGAACACACUAGUCAGAGAAAGGCAGUGUGCCUCUAUCCCGUUCACUCCCAAGAUCUGAAUAUUAAUUUUCUGCAUCGUCUGCCUUACAUUUCAUAUACUAUUAAUUCUGAGAAUUUGGUGUUAAGUCAAGCAUCAUCCCGCUGGUGAUGAUUUUUCUUGCUCUCUAUCACCUUUCUGCUUGACAUUAUGUUGAUAUUGCAAGGUGGAAAAGUGUCCCUUGAUCGCUCCUGGGAUUACAAUUCUUAAAUUUGAAUAUUAUGGUUAGGAAACCAGUCAGUCUGUGCAUGCAUAUUUAAACGUUUGCUGGCAAAUGGAGAAAUUUACUUUGGGGUUCACUUGUAGGUCUCUAAUCGCUAUAAAUUUCCUGCAUAAGUAUUACUCAUAUUCACAAAAAUGCAAAUAUAUUCAAUUUAUUGCUCAAAAGCGGACAAGAAAAGUUAAAUUUUUGCCGUCUGCUUUCGCUCUAACCCGGUUCUUAAUAAUGUUAAUUUGUUAUUAUAAAUUAUUUCAAGACCUUGGUUUGUUAAUAGUAUCCUACAUGUACAGAAGAAAGAAUUUCGCUUUAAAUUAACCCAAAGAAGUCAACCAUAUUUUUUUCUUACGUUGCCUUUGUUUUUCCACUGUAUUUCGUCAACCACGAACACAAACUUGUUAUUCAGGCAUAGACAUAUUUUUUUUUACGCUUUUUAAUAACAUUAAGUAGCGUUCGUGUUUAGAGACAGGCAGAGGAACUCUAGAUAAAGAAAUAACAACCUUUGAAAACCGUC